CCGCGGUCGGGGCCGGGCUGCAGGAAGAGGCGGGCGCUGGGUCCGCCCCGUCGCGGGAUGCCGGCGGUGGGGCGCGGGGCGCUGGCGGCCCUGGCGCUGCUGGGCCCGGCGGAGCGGGGCCGCCCCUUCGCGGUGCUGCAGAAACAGAACCUGGUGCUGCUCGGCAGCAUCCUCAGCGCGCUGCUGCUCACCAUCAUCCUCAUGGCCAUCUGCGUCUACAAGCCCGUGCGGCGGCGGUAGCGGCAACAGAGCCAGGCCCGGGGCUGGGUCCGUCCUUGGAAGCGCUGCUCAUGACCCCCUGUUCUCCCGCCUGGUACCCAGCCCUGCCGCCCGCUGCAUCUCCUGCCAGCCACAUGAUGCCCUGAUGGAUGUGGUGGGUGGCUGCA